GCCCCCCCCCGCCCCGCCCGGCCGCUGUGCCCCGGGCGCACGAUGGGGACCCCGCGGGCGGCCCCGCUCCUGCUGCUGCUGCUGCUCCCCGCCGCCUGGGCGGCCCCGAGGGACGGGGGACACAGGUCAGAGGUUCCUCCGGCCACGAGGCCCGAUCCUGGUCCUGACCCGCUGAGCCCGGAGCCUCCCGCACUGCAGCUGCUGCGGAGUGCGGUGAGGAGCCUGGGGCAGCCAGAGCAGGAUGCCGAGGACAUGACACGGGAGCAGGCCCUGCUGUACCUCUUUGCACUGCAUGACCACGACCGGAGCGGGCUCCUGGACGGGCUGGAGCUGCUGCAGCUGCUGGGAGCGGUGUUGGCACAGGGGGGCAGGGGGCAGCCCAGCCCUGAGGCGGUGGCUGUGCUGGUGGACCGUGCCCUGGAGAGGCAGGACCGCAGUGGGGACGGGCUGCUGGACCCCCCCGAGCUGCUGCUGCCUGGCUGGGAACGGGGACCCCCAGGGGAGCCGCUGGUGGGAGAGGAGGUUGGCCAGGAGGGGAUGGUGGGGGGACACAUGGAGGGGCCCGGGGGAAGAGUGGAGACACCCACGGUGGAUGAGGAGAUGCCUGGAGUGGAUGCGGGGACAAGCAGCCCAGAGCCUGGCCCAGCAGAGAGGCAGGAGCUGCCAGACAACGCUGCCCACCCAGAGGGGCAGGGAGACCCCGGGGCUGGAGCCGCCCAGGGUGAAGUGAUGGAGGUGGAGGCAGCCCCCCAGGGUGAAGUGAUGGAGGCAGCCCCAGAGAAUGAAGUCCCCAAGGAUGAAGUCCCAAGGGCAGAGGCAGCCCCUGCUUGGGAGGACCCUGGAGAGAUGUAGGUGGUAGGGGGCUCCAGGCAGGGCUGUGACCUGCCCCGUGCUGGCCCCAGCGAUGCUGCCUCGCAGGCUGUGGGGUGCCGUGCAAUGGUUUGGAUGCCUGCUUGGGGUUCCCCCACAUGCCUAGGGCAGGGCCAGCUGCAGCAGGUCCCAGGAGGGCAGGACAUGUGUGUUUUCCCCUGUAAUGCUGCGGGACGAGGAAUACAGGAGCUACCCCCCA